GGAACUGAUUAAUGGAUAACCAGUUUUUGACAUAGCGGAUUUUCGUCCGUGGGUGUGGUGUCCAUGAUAUUUUUGGUAAAAAUGGAGUGUCAUGACGUUGAAAGGCUAUGGUUUCAUCCUACUCUUGAGACUACGAAACUCGGGGUUAGGGUAUAUGAAGGGAUGAGUGGCCGUCUAUAUCCUCGACUUCUCUGCAGACACAUCCAAGCGUUUCGCAUAUCAUGCUUGAGUUUAUAAUUCUACAAUAAACUAUAGCAUAUUUUACUUUUCAGGGCAAAAUGUACGCCCUCAAAACCCUGUCUCUCGUUGCAAUCGCCACCAUCAGCGUGGCGAACGCCCAACAGAAAGCCACCUUCACUCACUACGGAUCUGGAGACCAGAACGGAUCCCCGAAUUGUGCCACUGCUACCAAUGCCUGCGGUGCUGCAGAUCAAUAUGCGAGCCUAUCAACCUACACUGCCGCUCUGAGUCAAAAGCAAUUCGGCGUCGGACCCGGUCAGGGAGCCGGCCCGGCAUGUGGAACAUGCUAUCAGUUAACCAUCCAGACUGACCUGAGCGGCAAUCCCGUGACUGAGAAUUCGAUCAAAGUGGUUGUGAAUAACCUUUGCCCGAUUGAUGGCAAUACCAUUUGCAAUGUGCCGAAUCAGUACGGUGGAGAAAUUCAUUUUGAUUUGUGCAGUGAUACCGGGGCAGCAAGUGCUUUCUUUACUACUUCGGGUGCUGGAAUUGGUACUGCAGAGGAAGUUGCUUGCUAAAUAUUCCUCCUUGUUUCUCUUGUUUGAAUGCCGCCAUUGAACAUUCUGCCGUGGUGUACAAAGAUAGGGGCAAACAAUGCUUUGCUUGAUAUAUAAAGAACCGAAGAUGGAAUGACAAAUGUUGAAUUGUAUCUCAUCAAUAUUUUUCAAGUCUGUUAGCCUCGACAGAAAGUGACUUUGUCGCGGAAGCUUCCUACAUCCAUGUCAAACAAGUUUGUGAUUAUGUUUGCUUUAAUACUUUUAGCUGCCAUCGCAUAGGUUUCCGUUCACAUAACCAAUAUUCCGAUUCAAUUAGCACUACGUACCUGUUAUCAAUACAUUUAUUUUCAUAUCAGUAUGUCAACGACACGAGGCCAAGGCUCUAAGA